AUGUCGAACACUAAACAUUCCGGCGGAGUCUAUCGCAUUCCACCAUUUUAUUAUAUCCAUGUUUUGGAUCAAAACGCCAAUGUAACGCGGAUUGAAGUUGGCCCGAAAACAUUCGUAAAACAAGAUCAUGAGACAGUUAUCUAUGGGCCAGAACGAAUGAUAAUCAUACCACCUCGCCAUUAUUGUGUUGUCGAAAAUCCAGCUGUUCGUGAUAAAGAUGGUCAAGUGAUGACCGAUGCCAAUGGUCAAAUCAAAUUAUUACAUUCAGAUGUUGAUAUACGUUUCGCUCAAGAACCUUUUCCACUUUAUCCAGGUGAGAUCCUGAAACAAAAUGUAACACCGUUAAAAGUGAUCGAACCGAACUGUGCACUACGUCUUCGUGCUGUAUUGGAUUUUGUUGAUGAACUAGGUCAACAGAUACGUGCUGGAGAUGAAUUUCUAUUUUGUGGGCCAGGAACCUACUUUCCACGUAAAGAGGUCAGUGUUGAAGAACAAAUCAAAGCAGUUAUUCUCAAACCAAAUGAAGCUGUUCGUUUACGUGCAAAAAAAGAAAUGACUGAUCGUAAUGGUAUUGAACGACGAACAGGUGAAGAGUGGCUUAAUCGUACAAAUGGUUCCUACUUACCGUUAGCUUACGAAGAAGUUGUUUCAAUUGUUCAGGCUUACGUCUUAACCGAUAAAAAAGCAUUGCAUGUUCGAGCGUUGGGAACAUUCGUUGAUUCGUUCAAACGAAAACGUCUUCACGGAGAAGAAUGGUUGAUCUAUGUUACCGAUGCCGAAACACACAUCCCCGAUGUUUAUGAAGAAGUAGUCGGUAUUGUUUCUGUUACAGUAUUGAAUUCACGUCAGUAUUGUAUCAUUGUAAAUCCAGUUGACUCCGAUGGCAAACCACAACUAGGAAAAAGAAAACUCAUAAAAGGAGAAACAUCAUUUUUUCUUCAACCUGGUGAGAAACUAGAAAAUGGCAUUCAAGACGUUUAUGUACUGGAAGAAGAUGAAGGUUUAAUUCUUCGUUGUACUGAAACAUUUAAAGAGGAUGAAAAAAUCUUACGUAGUCCUGGAGAUCGCUGGAUGAUUCGUGGCCCAAAAGAUUAUAUUCCAGCGAUUGAAGCUUCUGUUGUACUUCGUCGAAAAGCAAUUCCACUGGAUGUCAAUGAAGGCAUCUAUGUUCGAGAUGUCAAAACUGGUAAAAUUCGUUCGGUUAUAGGCAGUACUUAUCUCUUAACUGAAAACGAAGAACUGUGGGAAAAAGAUUUACCCAAACAAGUUGAACAACUUCUACUACAAGAACCUCGAUCACUCGAAGAUAAAUCAUCUACAUCAACAAAUGUACCAGCAAGAGAUAAAUCGAAAGUAGUCGUUUAUCGUGUUGCACACAAUGCCUGUGUUCAAAUCUAUGAUUACAAAGCUAAAAAAGCACGAAUCAUCUUCGGUCCUGAACUCGUCAUGCUCGGACCUGAUGAACAAUUUACAGUAUUAAAUUUAUCUGGCGAUAAACCGAAAGUGCCCAACAAAAUUCGUGCGAUUUGUUUACUAUUGGGACCAGAAUUCUCAAGUGAUUUUGUAACUAUUGAAUCCAGUGAUCAUGCUCGUCUUUCACUUCGAUUAUCCUACAACUGGCAUUUUCAAGUGGCUGACAGAGCAAAUGAGAAAGAAACUGCCAAACUAUUCUCUGUACCUGACUUUGUCGGUGAUUUUUGUAAAGCAGUUGCAGCAAAGAUUCGUGGCGCUGUCGCCAGUAUUUCAUUUGACGACUUUCAUAAAAAUUCUGCCAAGAUUAUCCGAACAGCUGUCUUUGGUUUUGGAGACGAUAAACGCAUCAGCCAUCAUCUCGUAUUUCCACAAAACAAUCUCGUUCUUACCUCCAUUGAUAUCCAAAGUGUUGAACCUGUCGAUCAACGAACACGAGAUGCUCUUCAGAAGAGUGUCCAACUAGCUAUUGAAAUUACCACAAACUCGCAAGAAGCUCAAGCAAAACACAUGGCCUCACGAACCGAACAAGAAGCGAAAGGUCACUUGGAACGGCAGAAAAUCGCGGACGAAGCCGAAGCUGAGAAAGCACGUCGACAUUUAUUACAACUGCAAGCACUCUCCUCGGCUGUUGAAUCUACUGGUCAAUCACGUGCCGAAGCUCAAUCACGAGCUGAAGCAGCCAAGAUUGAAGGCGAAGCUGCUGUCGAACAAGCAACUCUUCGUGCUCAAGCAGCAAAAAUCGAAGCUGAUAUUGAACUUUUACGAUUAACUCAAGCACGUGAAUUAGAAUUAUCCUAUUCGAAACAGACAGCGGAUUUAGAAAUCGAGAAAACAAAACGAUUAGCUGAGAUUGAAAUUGACGAAUUCAAACAACAUGUCACUGCCAUUGGACCAAAAACGAUUCAAGCUAUAGCCACUAGCGGACCAGAUAAUCAGGUUAAACUUCUGCAAGCUCUGGGUAUAAAAUCAACGUUGAUCACAGAUGGACGAAGUCCAAUCAAUCUUUUCAAUACGGCAGUGGAUCUAAUCGGAUCAUCAAACAAUUCCUAG